AUGUCAGAUAACUCAGAACCCGAGCCCGAGAGGAAAGUCAAAGAGUUCCAUGCCGCACCUGGAACCGAAAUAUUGUUUGAUGGGAGCGACAAUGGAAGUGUCUCUGAGCGGCUUCACCAGUUGAAGCAUCGUGAAACAGGCGAUGGCCGCAUGUUAUUAGUCCCGCAACCUUCGAUUAAUGAUCCAAAUGAUCCUUUGAACUGGUCCACUACGAAGAAAAGCUUGACUUUCUUCAAUGGUUGUUGGUUCGCGUUUAUGGGUGCUAUUACCGGACCUAUCAUGGCAGCUGGUAUGAUGCAACUAUCCGAGACCUUCGGCAAGCCCCUCCAGGAAUUAACCUAUGCAAACGGAGCUUGCUUAAUCAACCAGGGUGUAUGGAACUGCGUCUGGAUGCCCUUCGCCGUAAAGUAUGGCCGCCGUCCCAUCUACCUCUUCUCGAACUUCCUCAUGGCCAUCGCCUGUAUCUGGCUAGCCGUUGCAUCCAACAAAACCUACACUGUUUUCCUCGUUGCGCGUGCUUUCCUGGGCGCUUUCCAGGCACCCAUUGAGUCAAUUGUCCCAUCAACCGUGACGGAUAUGUUCUUCUUGCACAACCGCGGAGAGCUCAUCGCCAUCUACGGACUAUCUGUCUUGGGAGGCAAUGAGCUGGGACCUAUGUUUUCUGGAUUUAUCGUGCAGGCACUUGGAAUGGACUGGGCCUUUUGGAUUGUGGCUAUGUUCGUUGGUGCUAGUUUGGUCUCCAUGUUCUUCUUUAUGCCGGAGACCAAGUUCGACGGACCUCGUCCUGAUCCAUUCCAAUCUACCACCAAAGUCGAUGGGGAGAAAGACCAGGUUCUAGUGCAGGAGUCAAGUGCAAUCCCCAAAAAGACCUUUACGCAAGAACUCAAGUUCUGGAACAGCGGAGAUCCAGAUGUGAAUCUCCUUCAUGUCUUCCUUCGCCCGUUCGUUCUCGUGGCCUAUCCCACUGUCCUCUGGUCAUGCUGUAUUUACGGUAUGGCUCUUAGCUGGAAUGUCAUCCUCGGCGCGUCGGUGGCACAGCUCUUUGCACCCCCUCCCUACACAUUCAAUUCCAACGGUCAGGGUCUAUUCUUCCUGUCGCCCUUCAUUGGAUCUCUUUUCGGUGUCUUUUUCUCUGGUCCAGGCGGUGAUUGGAUUGCCAACUUCUUCACUAAGCGCAAUAACGGUAUUCGUGAGCCUGAGAUGCGUCUACCAACCUGUCUAUUGGCUGCAUUUUUCACAUUAUUCGGUGCGCUUUGGUUUGGACUUGCUUAUGAGCAUCAAAUGCAUUGGGCAAUGCCUGUUGUUGGGGCGGGUGUUCUGUCGGUAGGAAGUCAAAUGGGAACCACGCUCGGAAUGAACUACGCCUUAGAUUGUCAUAAAGAGCUUUCCGUCGAAAUCAUGGUCACGAUUGCUGCUCUCAAGAGUUGCAUCGCAUGGAUCUGGACGUGGGUGAUCAACGACUAUAUCACUUCCAAUGGUGUGUUGAGUGUCUUCAUGACAGUUGCCACUAUUAACGUUGUGGUCUACUUGGUCUUCAUUCCCUUUUAUCUUAAGGGCAAGAAUAUCCGAGUCUGGUUGCAGCAGAAAGAUUUCCUUCGGGCUGCUGGUAUCAUCUAG